UUAUUAGUUUAGAAUUUCGUCGAAGAAACAUUUUUCGGGGUAUUCCACUGGGUCGAAGCAAGCCUGAAGCCCGCCAGAUUUGUUUACGGUACCUUCGUACAUUCAAAUACUAUUUGGUAAUUCCAACGUUUGGCCAGCUAGGAUAUCCUGGAUAUUUUCGUCGGUUUACACUGCCGUAGCGGCUGUUUUCUCCGUGUCCGUCUUCGUCGUCCGUCAUCGUUCUUGAUCGCACUGUUUCAGUGUGUGCGUGUGUGUUUUUUUUUCGUUUUCCGGAUCCGCGAAUUCACACAUAAAUACAGAAUAUUAUUAUAAUACAGUAUAAAGUAGUGCACAACAUUGCGGUGUCUUUUGCAGUGACGAAACGAUUCUUGAAUCAACUCCGGCCCGAUUCAUUAAGCGACGCCAUUUUACCGAGUGAUUAAUACCAAUAUUGCAAAAAUGAGUGAACAAGCCAUCCAGCACACAUUCGAUGCUGGAGUUACUGCUUCUAAAAAACAAAAAACAAAAAAAACACAAAAUAAAAAUGUUAAGAACAAACUAUCAAACGUUGAAAAAAAUAAACUUGUUGAAAGGAUAUUGAAAGAUUUUGAAAAUGAUGGUAAAGUUCACAAAGAAGAUUUAGAUCUCAAUACAAGUGGAAUUUUACCAAUCGCAAAGGUAAUUGUACCGAAGAACAAACUAUCAAACGUUAAAAAUAUAGUGAGUGAACAAACCAUGCCUUGCACAUUAGGUACUGGAGUUAACAAAACUAAAAAAAAAACCAAGAAACAACCUAAAAAGAAUUUAAAGAAAAAUUUAUCAGACAUUAAAAAAAAUAAGCUUAUAGAAGAGUUAUUGAAAGAUUGGGAAAAUGAUGAUUAAAAUACAAGUGAAAUUUUGUUUAUUAAAAUGUUCUGUAAAAUGACCAUGAAUUGUACUUUUAAUAAUUUAUUGUUAAUGGUAAAUCUUCUUUAUAUAAGGUUCAAUAACUUUUUUUUUUUAUAUAAAUAUAAUUUACACAAUAUUAUUACUGCUGUUUGGUAGUAGGUACCUAUGCUUAGUGAGCUUAAGUUCCAUUCUAUUGUAAGUUUGUUUUCUGUCCAAUAUAAUAUUUACAUCAUUUGGUUU